CUCCCACCCCAGCUCCGCGUUCCCCUGAAGGGCCGGGCUUGGGAGCGCAGGUAGGCCUCACGAGCAGCCUCGGCCUCGCGUAGCUCGCCGAGCCGGGUGAUGACGACGGCGACGCUACUGCUGCCGCUACUGAGGCGAGGCCCUCGUUGAGGAAGAAGGCCGCCGCCGCCGCCAUGCCGGCAAAGAGGAAGCUGGUGCCGCCGGCCCUCAACAUCACCCCGACCAUCGCCGAAGGGCCCAGCCCCACAGGCGGGGAGGUCGACGGCUCCGAAGCACAUCUUGUUGACCUCCAGAAGAAACUGGAAGAACUGGAACUGGAUGAGCAGCAGAAGAAACGGUUGGAGGCUUUUCUCACCCAGAAGGCCAAAGUUGGAGAGCUGAAAGAUGACGAUUUCGAGAGGAUUUCUGAGCUGGGAGCCGGUAAUGGUGGAGUGGUCACCAAAGUACAACACAAACCCUCAGGGCUAAUCAUGGCACGGAAGCUGAUUCACCUGGAGAUCAAGCCUGCCAUCCGAAACCAGAUAAUCCGUGAGCUCCAGGUGCUUCACGAGUGUAACUCUCCAUACAUUGUGGGUUUCUAUGGCGCCUUCUACAGCGAUGGGGAGAUAAGCAUCUGUAUGGAGCAUAUGGAUGGAGGUUCCCUAGAUCAGGUUUUGAAAGAAGCCAAGAGAAUUCCUGAGGAUAUCUUGGGGAAAGUCAGCAUAGCGGUUCUGCGAGGGUUGGCUUACUUACGAGAGAAGCACCAGAUCAUGCACAGAGAUGUGAAGCCUUCUAACAUCUUGGUGAAUUCACGGGGAGAGAUUAAGCUCUGUGAUUUUGGAGUCAGCGGCCAGCUCAUCGACUCCAUGGCAAAUUCCUUCGUGGGCACUCGCUCCUAUAUGUCUCCUGAGCGCUUACAAGGUACUCACUACUCGGUCCAGUCCGAUAUCUGGAGCAUGGGCCUCUCUCUGGUGGAGCUGUCUAUUGGAAGGUAUCCCAUCCCGCCGCCAGAUGCCAAGGAACUGGAAGCGAUAUUCGGCCGCCCCGUGUUCGAUGGGGCAGAAGGGGAAUCCCACAGCAUCUCACCACGGCCCAGGCCCCCAGGACGCCCUGUUAGCGGCCACGGGAUGGACAGUCGACCUGCGAUGGCUAUCUUCGAAUUGCUGGACUACAUAGUUAAUGAGCCACCUCCAAAGCUGCCAAACGGGGUUUUCACUCAAGAGUUCCAGGAGUUUGUAAAUAAAUGCUUAAUUAAAAACCCUGCUGAACGGGCAGAUUUGAAGAAGCUGAUGAAUCACGCCUUUAUCAAGCGCUCCGAAGUGGAAGAGGUGGAUUUCGCCGGCUGGCUGUGUAAGACGCUGCGGUUGAACCAGCCCAGCACUCCCACCCGCACCGCCAUGUGAACGCCAAGCAAGCCUCCUUCUUCCCCCCCUCUUCCUCCUCUCGUGCAUCUUGCUUGUCUGCUGUCGUCCGCCACCCUUCAGCAGAAGAAAAGAACCCGCCUCUCUCAGCCUGCCUCUCCUCCGUG